AUGGCGCCUCCAAGAAGGGGAACGACGUCCAUGGACGUCGCCGCCAUGGAUUUCUCCCGGUCAAGGCUCCACACCACCAACACCGCAUCCAGCUCCAGGCACCGGAGAACCAAGACGACCCGGUCCAGAUCUGACGCGGUGGAGCACGCAGGGCAGCAGAAGGGGAAAGGGGCGGCCAGAUCUGGAGCCGCAAGAGGCCAGAAGCCCCACCGCCGGCGCCGCGGAUCUCGUCCGUCGGAGGGCUUGCUGCCCGCGCAGCCAAGCCCACCGGACCACACCCGCGCCACCACCAGCCAAGGAGACGGUGGCGCCUCACCGAACGAGGCCGCCGCCCCGGAUACCGACACCCCCCGCUGGAGAAACGGAGCAGCAGAGGCCCCGCCGCCACCUUCCUUGGCCACGCCCCGGGGUUCCUCCCGCGCCUCCGCUGCCGCCGGCCACCCUCCCCUCCACUCCCGCGCCUCCAGCCGCUGGCCGCGCGCGCCGCGCCGUGCCCCACCUCCCCCCUCCCGGCCCGCCCCCCGCGUCGCCUCCCCGAGCGAGGCGACCGGGGGCCCAUCUUCCCGCCCUCCAGCGCCUCCCCCUCCCCUUCCCUUCCUCCCGCCGCCGCCGGCCUGCGCCACUGGGCCCUGCUCGCGUGGUGUUGGCGGCGGCGGCGGCCUUCCCUUCCCCGCGCGCGGUGCCGUGGCUCGGGUGGUGGCGUCCCGCGGCGGUGCUCCUCGGUCGACGGUGGUUCCGGCAGCGGCGGCUGCUCCUGGCGGCGCAGCUCCGGGUGGCCUAGAGGUAGCGGCGCGGCCACUUGGCGGCGGGCUGGCGCGGUGGAUGGUGGCGGCGCCCUCCCGCCCAGAUCUAGUCCCUUUUGGGCCCCAUCUGGGUCUGGGCGGGCCUGACUCGGUCUCGCCUGCGGCGUCUCCGGCGGGGGCGGAGGUGGCGCGGCUCGUGCGGGGGGGUUGUGGAGACGGCGACACGUCUACUGCAGCUCAGCAACGGGUGCUUCACGAGCCUCUUUUGGGCUCGGCCGGGCCUCGAGGGCCUGGUACGCUCCCCUUGUCGCGUCCGGUCGGUGACCGCCGAUGGCGGUGGAGGUUGUCUCCUCCGGCGUGGCUGCUGUCGCUGGCGCUCGUCGUUCCCGGCUGCUCCCUCUCGUCCUCGUCGGUCUCGCUUCGAUGA